AUGGGUCUCGCGGAGGUCAAAUUCCGCCGAAAAAUCGACAAGGACCCCAACAACACAUCAUGGGCCAAAGACACAUCGACCUUUGGCCAGAAGAUCCUGCGCUCCCAGGGCUGGGAGCCCGGCCAAUACCUAGGCGCCAAGGACGCCGCGCAGGCCGAGCACUACACGGCCGCCAACGCCUCGUUCGUCCGCGUCUCGCUCAAGGACGACAUGCUCGGCCUCGGCUUCAAGCAGGCGCGCGAGGAGCGGUCGACGGGCAUGGACGCCUUUCAGGCCAUGCUGUCGCGCCUCAACGGCAAGUCGGACGUCGAGAUACAGAAGGAGCAGCAGGCCAAGCUGGCUGUCGCGUCGUCGCUGUACUGCGACAGCAAGUUUGGCCCCAUGCGCUUCGUGCGGGGCGGCUGGCUCGUCGGCGACCAGGAGAAGCCGUCGAUGGAUGAUACGAAGAAGGAGGAGGAGGACGACGAAGACAAGGACGUCAAAGUGGAAGAUGUGCCCGAGGUGAGCCUCAAGGAUGUGUCAAAGAAGCGCAAGGCCGACGAGGUGUCAUCGUCCGAUGCGGACUCGUCGAGCGAGGACGAGAAGGCCAAGAAGAAGCGCCGUAAGGAGGAGCGCAAGGCGGCCAAGAGGGAAAAGUCCAAGUCGGCCAAAUCGACGCCCAAUGAUACCCAGGACGACACCGAGGAAGGCUCGUCGAAGAAGAAGUCGAAGAAGGACAAGACCAAGACCGAGACGGACAGCUCAGCGGCAGAGGACAAGGAAGCCAGGAGGAAGCGCAAGCAGGAGAAGAAGGAAAAGAAAGAGAAGAAGGCGGCGGCCGCGGCAGUGGACGACUCGGACUCAGAUGCCGACAAGGCGGCCAAGAAGGAGAAGAAGAGGCGCAAGAAGGAGCUUAAGAAGGCCGAGGAAGCCAAGGCGAGCGCAUCAAGGUCUGCUUCGGGCACAGCGACGCCGGCUUCGGGAACGUCGACGCCGGUGCUUAGGGGGCAUCACGCCGUGCGAUCGCGGUGGAUCGCGUCGAAGAGGAUGGCGACAAUGGACGACACGGCGCUGAACCAGAUUUUUGGGAUCAAGGCAUCAUCAUGA